ACUUGAAAAGGAGGCACUAGCCAUUAUUUUUGGGAUCAAAAAGUUCCACUUAUACAUCUAUGGCCGAGUUUUCACUCUCGUCACGGAUCACAAACCGCUACAGACUAUUUUGGGCCCAAAGACAGGCAUUCCGUCUAUUGCGGCAGCACGGUUGCAGCGCUGGGCUGUUACCUUGUCAGCGUACAAGUACUCGUUGGUGUACAAGAGAUCCAGUGACAAUGCAGAGGCCGAUUUUUGCUCUAGGUUCCCUCUCGAAAGUGGGAAAGACGAUAGUUGCGAGGGCGAAGAGUCCUUCUAUGCACUGCGGCUAGAGUCAAUGCCGGUGUCCUCUCAGGAGAUUGCACGCGCUACGUCGCGCGACCCGUUACUUUGUCAAGUGCUUGAAUACACAAGCAUGGGUUGGCCGACGCACGUGCAAGAACAACAACUCAGACCGUUCUUUGACAGACGCUUGCAGAUGAGUGUUCAUCAAGGGUGCCUAAUGUACGGCAUGAGGGUUGUUGUUCCGUCCCAGCUGCAGGAGCCCGUGCUCGACGAACUGCAUCAAGGCCAUCCCGGCAUCGUGCGAAGUAAGGAGCUGGCUCGCAGCUAUGUUUGGUGGCCAUCAAUUGACUCAGACCUUGAAAGAAAGGUACGAAGCUGCCAAGCAUGCCAGGAACAGCGUAAUGAUCCAUGCAAAGCGCCUCUUCACCCCUGGGCAUGGCCGACAGCACCGUGGAGACGACUACACCUGGACUUUGCAGGCCCGUUCCGCGGAACCAUGUUCCUAGUCGUGGUGGACGCGCACUCAAAGUGGCCAGAGGUGUUCACCAUGCAGAGCACUACGACCGAGCGCACUGUGAGGUGCCUACGUGAACUUUUCUGCAGGUUCGGAAUUCCGGAAACAAUCGUUUCAGACAACGGGCCGCAGCUGGUGUCCGAGGAAUUCAAGGUGUUCAUGAGGAACAACGGGGUCAGACACGUCGUGAGCGCCCCAUACCACCCGAGCACAAACGGCCUGGCAGAACGGUUUGUGCAGACACUGAAGUCUGCACUACGCAAGUCAUCUGCUGGUGAGUCUCUGGAAGAAGCAUUGCAACACUUUUUACUGACGUACCGGAAUACUCCACAUUCAACAACAGGAGAGACGCCAGCAAACUUGUUGAUGGGCAGAAGAUUACGUUCCAGGUUGGAUGUAAUCAAGCCUACGGUAGAGGGGAAAGUGAUCCACAAGCAAUUUAUACAAAGUAAGCAACGGAGGACAAGCAGAGAAGAAAUCUGCCCUGGUGACAAUGUCCUAGUGCGAAAUUACAGGAGUUCGCCGAGGUGGUUACGUGGUACCGUCCUCAAGAAGACUGGUCCAGUAUCUUACCAAGUCCAGGUUACCACGCCUCGAGGCAAGUUCAUCUGGCGUCGGCACCUCGAUCAACUUUUGAGCCAAACACGGCCAACGGCAACGCCGGUACCUUCGGACACCGACGACGCUGAGGGGUUCCUCGUCUUUUCACCAGGCGAGCCAAGUGUCCCGGCCACGGUACAAGAGCAUGGGCCACAGCAGCCUCACACCAUCCCGCAACGGGAUCCUGUACCUCCUACAGGCCGAUCUACUUCUGAAGGACGCUACCCAUCGAGAGAACGGCGUCCGCCUGACAGAUACUAA